AUGCGACGGCUCGCGUCUGACCAUGCCUCCCUACACAUGGACGGACUGCCACCCAACUAUCUCUUCCCUCCUUCAAACUCCUUCUCGUCAUUCCCAGACGAUCUCACCCAACUUGCCAUCCUGCUCACUGGCCCUCAGGGGACUCCAUACUCUCAGGGUCUCUGGCAACUGCAUUUGCGCAUGCCAGAAGAUUACCCUAAGAGUCCACCUAAGGCAGCCUUUAAAACGCGCAUAUGGCAUCCAAAUGUUGACGAAUCGACGGGGGCAGUCUGUGUAGAUACUCUAAAAAGAGAUUGGGAGGCGAAGUUAACGUUGAGGGAUAUCUUGAUUACGAUAUCAUGCCUCCUCAUACAUCCUAAUCCAGACUCCGCAUUGAACUCUGCGGCUGGCAGCCUCUUGCAGGAUGAUUAUGAAUCUUUUGCGCGUCAGGCAAAGCUCAUGACUUCCAUCCACGCACCAAUUCCCAAGGACAUGAAAGAUGCCGUCAUGGAGGCUAAGAGAAGGGGAGAUGAUAGUGGGACCGUCAUCGUGGAAGACGAAGAUCUCCCAGUAACAAUCAGCUCGCGAAAAGCCGUCGCUACCACCUCAUCUGCGGUUAUUAUGAAAAAGCUUGCCGUACAUAAGAAACCGCAGAGCCAAGAGAUAGGGAAGCUAGAUAUCAGAAUUAAAACGACACCCCAGAAUGUAUCACCGUUGCCAUCAUCGUUAUCGUCGUUUUCUCUGCACUCGUCGUCGCGAGGCCAACCAGUGAACGACGAUGGCUCAGACGACGAGGAUACAGGCAGCUCAUCCAAGGAAAAUGACCCGUCGCUUUCACAUCCUCCCGCAAGCGUAACGCCUCCCAGUCCUCGAAAGAGUAUUCUCGGGAAACGUCCGCUCUCCGUCCUCUCGACUCCCAGUGAACCCGAGCUUGUGCUGGUCAAUUGCGGUGCAAAUGACGACGACGAUGCUGCUGCUGAUAAUGAUGGCAUGACCUCAUCGCAGAGGAACAUCGCUGCAAACGCGUCAGCAUUGGAGCGGCGACAGAUUCAACAUCCACAAGAGCCACAGCAGCAGCAGCAGCAAAGGAAGUCUCCCAAACUAUCAGAGUUAGGCAGAGGCGUCAAUACAUCUGGUCGAGUGCGGGACGAUGGUAAUAGCAACGAUUUCCAUAGCAGCCAGGAUGCUAGGCAUGGUUCGCGCCAGAACUCCAUCUUUGGCGCGCCACCAGCAGCAGCAGCAGUACCAGCAUCAACAUUUUCAAAUGAGAAACGCAGUGACGGCGGAAAAGAAAAUGAGGGUUCCUCUUCCAUCUUGCCUCCACCCAUCACUCCGACUACCGACUCGGCUACCGCCACGGCUGUAGUUGCAGAUCCACCUGUGCCGGAUAAGUCGCAGCAUAUGCCAAUACACAAGCAAACCCUCCCGCCGUCGUCAUCUUUACCGUCGUUAACAUCUGUUGCAAACAGCUACCUAUCCAUCACCUCUCCACAGAAUAACAUUAGAACGCCGGCACUCAACAUGCCCAUGUCUACGGGUGGUGCUAACGGUAAUAAUAAUAGCAACACAGCAAAGCGGAGGGUUUCGUCAUCGACUGCGAAAGCGAAGCCGAGGAUUGGGCUGAGGCGAUUGUGA